AUGUUCAGACCUAUUACAUCACAGGUGGGGAAGAGGCUUGGGCUGGCUGCGCAGAUGAAGAGCAGCGCCGUGACGGGCAGGUGGGCGUCGACGCUGGCGUUCAUCGAAUCGCACAAGCCAGGGGAGAUCGCGACGUCGUCGCUCUCGACACUGGAGGCGGCCAAGAGGUUGGGCAACCCGGUGACAGCGCUGGUGGUCGGCCACAAGCUGGCGGGCAUUGCACAGGCGCUGCAGAGCGUGGACUGUAGCCAGCUGCAGCGCAUUGUGGUGGCCGACAGUGCGGAUUACGAGCACUACCUGCCCGAACGGAUAGCACCUCUGUGCGUGCAGCUGCUGAAGGAUCCUGAGUACUCGCAUUUUGUCGUGGCGGCCUCCGCAGUCGGCAAGAACAUCCUUCCCAGAGUCGGUGCGCUGCUGGACGUGCAACCGGUGAGCGACAUUGUAGCGGUCAAGGACCAGGAGACCUUCACGCGCCCGAUCUAUGCGGGCAAUGUGCUGGUGACGGUGCAGGAUCCACAGGCGACGAAGCUGCUAAGCAUCCGCGCGUCGGCGUUCCCGGCGGUGGGCCCCGGCAGCAACAGUGCCAGCGUGGAAAGCGCCCCAGAGGUUGCUGCGGCCGCGAUUGACGUUGCAUGGCAAAGCAACAAGCUGUUGUCAUCUGACCGGCCCGAGCUAGGCUCGGCCAAGCGCGUUGUCUCCGGCGGCCGCGGGUUGAAGAACAAGGAGACGUUUGAUGAGCUGCUGGAGCCUCUGGCUACUAAACUGGGGGCUGCUAUCGGCGCCACACGGGCUGCAGUGGACGCGGGGUUCUGCGAUAACUCGCUACAGAUUGGUCAGACGGGCAAGGUCGUGGCUCCAGAGCUGUAUGUGGCUAUCGGCGUCUCCGGUGCGAUACAGCACCUCGCCGGCAUGAAGGACGCCAAGACCAUCGUUGCAAUCAACAAGGAUCCGGAAGCACCGAUCUUCCAGGUCGCAGACUACGGGCUCGUGGGCGACCUCAACGCCAUCGUUCCCGAGCUAACCCAGAAGCUUGCUAAAUAA